CUUAAACUAUUGGCAAAAGAAAUUCAAACUUUUUUUUUUAUUGAAGUAGUAUUGAACUCUCUAAAAUAGAAUGAAGACAAUUGUCAGUGUUUUAACUCUUCUAUUUCUUGUUUUAUCAUGUGUGCCAGAUAUCAAGGCAAAAGCUUAUUUGGAAGAGAACUCUCAUUCUUUCAAUUCAGCAACAAGCCCUCAAAUUAACUUUAAAAUAGAUGAACUUCCACCAGAUGAACAUCUUGGAGUUUCCGCAGCUAAAAACAUACUUGGUUUCUGUCAAGAAUGUGCACAUCAUUGUUUGAGAAGAAAACGGAUUAUUGGUGAAUGUCGAAGAUUUGUUUGUCAUUGCUCUAGACAAGAAAUUGGUGUUGGAUUGUAAGAUUUUUUUCCAAAUACUUAUCAAUAAA